CGUGAGAUAUGUCGUAAAUUUAAUGCCAGCACAUGUGACUACAAAAUGUGUAAACUGGCUCAUGUGUGCUCAAUGUGUUAUGCUACACACAGUGCAUCAUCUCAUGACCAAUCAAAAAAGUGACAUGUACCCCCACCCGGGGGGUUGGUACUAUUACUGAUAGUGGCGAUAACAAAUGUACCAGCGUAAAUAGUGUAAAUAAAGACAAUUGUUUAAACUUUGAAUCUUGGCAAGCCCUCCUCCCCAAAGACGAUGUUGAUAGAGACUUCAUAUUGGAGGGGGUAGCCAACGGUUUCCACAUAAUAGAUUCUAAUAUGGUGGAUCAGGUUCAAGCAGCAGAAGUAGAAAAUUAUAAUUCGUGUAAACAAUACUCAAAAUUGGUUCAAAAACAGAUCAAGUGUGAAAUAUCAAAUGGUAAUUAUGUAAUUACUGAUGAAAAGCCGGUCAUUAUUAGUGCUCUAGGGGCUAUACCAAAAUCCAAGACUAAAGUUAGACUAAUUCACGAUGCUAGUCGUCCCAUAGACAAAUGUGUAAAUAGUUAUGUUACCAGUGACUGUUCAUGCUCUUAUAUGGACUUGCGCGAAGCAGCCAAGCACAUAACACCUGGGUGUUAUCUUGCAAAAAUUGAUUUGAGCUCAGCUUAUAGAUCAGUUAAAAUCCAUCCGUCUAAUUAUAAAGCUACUGGUUUGAAAUAUAUUUUUGAUGGCGAUACGUCCCCCACUUUUAUGUAUGAUACUAAGCUCCCUUUUGGAGCAUCAAAAAGUCCUCAGAUUUUUCAAACCCUGACAAGUGCCGUUUGUAGAAUGCUGAAAUGUAAAUAUGGUUUUUUAGCAAUAGCAUAUUUAGAUGAUUUUUUGGUGUUUGGUAAAACAUACGAUGAAUGUUUUAAUGCAAUGGUUAAACUUGUACAGUUACUUCGUAUUCUUGGUUUUGCUAUUAAUUGGUCAAAGUUAGAAGGCCCUACCCAAGAAAUUGUUUUUUUGGGCGUAUUGAUCAAUACUGUCUCUAUGACUUUUUCGUUAUCACGUGAUAAACUUGUAUCCUUUUCCGAAAUACUUAUGAACUUUUCUUCGCGAAAGCGAGCAAGUCGUAAACAACUUGAGGUAUUAAUCGGAAAGUUAAAUUGGGCUUCACAAGUGAUAAAUGGAGGCCGUACCUUUUUGCGUAGAAUCAUUAAUAUGAAAGACAAUUUGUGCGACAACUCGCAUAAAAUGAUUCUAUCGGAGGAGUUCUUUGCAGACUUGCAUUGGUGGAUCGCGUUCAUGUCGGUAUUUAAUGGAACAUGUGCAAUUCUAGACAAUAAAACGAUUACUUCGAUACAGACUGACGCGUCCUCCGAGGGAGGUGGCGGUUAUUAUAAUGGGGAUUAUUUCUAUGUGAACUGGCAACUAGAUUUACCUCCCUUGGCACAGGAACAUAUAAAUGUGAAAGAAUUCCUUGCAAUCUAUUUUGCAUUUUGUCGUUGGGGGCCUACCCUCUGUAAUAAACAUGUUAUUGUGUACAGUGACAAUAAGUCGGCAGUUUCAUGGAUCAACAAAGGGACAUCGAGGAACACUCUAGUUAUGUACAUACUACGUCUCAUGUUUUGGAUGUGUGCAAUUAACAAUGUUUCACUAAAAGCUAAAUAUCUUCCAGGAGUCUGUAACAAUAUAGCGGAUGCAUGCUCACGUCUCCACGAACCAGAUAAACUAUGCCUUUUAUAUUCAUGGAUUCCCUCGCUUAGCCUCUGUGAUUUCAGUGUGUACGAACUUUCUCAGCAUAUGUCAUUACACUUUAUAUCUCACAGGUGGCUCCACAGUUCGAGACUUAGAGGCAGCAGCGACACUCUACAAAGAAAAGGCGUGGGCUAAGUCGACACAUUCUACAUACGACACACAGUCA